CUUCCCCGGCCUCAUGUCCUACCUGCCGGGGCCGCCCAGGCGGAUGUUUGAGAACUUCGAGCAGCUGCGGCUCUUCGUGCUGGAGCAGGUGAAGCGGCACCAACUGCCCCCGCAACGUCAUCGAUUGCUUCCUGCUCAGGAUGGAGCAAGCAAACCAGGACCCUGGGAGCUACUUCCACAUGGAGACCCUGGUGUUGAUCGCGCAGGACCUGUUCUUCGGGGGCACGGAGACCACUGCCAUCACCCUGCAGUACGGCUUCCUGCUCCUCCUCCGCUACCCAGAGAUACAGGCACCUUCGACCGGUCGAGCUCACUGUGAUCACGGGUCGCAGAAGGGGAAACUGAGGCAACUGGGGCAGGAGUCACCCAGGAGGCCAGUGGAAGAACUGGGGAGUAAAAAUGGCAGUCUCUUCAAUUCCACACCAGUGCUUUUUGCACAAGGCAACGCUGCCCUCCACGCCAAAACCAUAUGGCUUGCGUGUAGGAGGUAAAUAUUUAGCUCUACUAUUGUCAAGAGACAAUUAGAUAAGUGCCUUUGUAACAUCCCACCUGCGUGUCGCUUAGACCGUGGGGUGACCGCCACAUGCCAGCGUACGUGGCCUUUUCCAACGAUUGCUCAACGUCUUGGCUGGCUCCCCGUGAGUCUUUUGUGCCUUUUGUCCUGUUGCCCGGUGAGCUUGGGCUGUGUGAGAGCGUUAUGCAAGCCGCAGGGUUUGUUCCUGGUUAAACAAAGCUGGUUGUAUAACGCUGGCUGGUUUAUUCUCUCCUUUGCGUGCACAGCAGAAUUGCAAGCUCGUAGCACUAACGGCAGGUCACCACGGGGGCAAAUGUAACAGCCUGGCUGCGGUGUGGCGUAGGCCAAAUCGUGCACCUCCUUGCAAUGCUAGUGAAGCAGUCCCGUAUUUUUUAAAAAGUGGACUCAUUUACUGUAUAAUUCACCCGGCGGAUUAAUGAAGACGUGCUCUGGGAUGCGAAGCCAUAGGUUGUUAAUGAGUGGAUCACAGCAGCAGACAAACGGCAUCUUUUUUUAUACGCCUUGUGCAGUUAACCUGUGGAACUCAAGGCCACAGGAUUCUGUUGAGGGGAAGCAGGUGAUAUAAUUGGCCUCUGAGCUCUUUUAGACCAUUGCUGGAAUAAUUAUAACAGCCUAGCUCUUUUCAUUCCCUGCUCUCAAUGUGUUUUACUAAGGAGGCUGGGCUUAGGGACACCAUUGUCCAGAUGGGGAAACUGAGUCGCAGAACAAUGGAAUGGCUUGUCCCAGGCAACAGAGCCAGAACUAGAACCUAUGUCUGUAGAAUAACAGUAUUCUUUAUAAGGGAAGGUUAAGGGGGGGUUUUCCUAUUGGCAGUAGAAUCCAUCUCCUGUACUAAAAACAAAUCUGUCCAACUUUUUGACCUCGUUAAUAUCCGGUAGGACUGAAGCUAGAAGUGAUUCGUUCCCAGUGAAGCAAGAACUGGGCAGGGCACAGUUUUCCCCUCAGUUGAGUAUUUUUCUGAGUUUUUUCAUUUUUCCCCCUUCUCUCUCCAAUGGGGGAGGGAGGUUCAACAUCUCAAGGAAUCUUUGCAAACUGAAAAAAACCCAACCCCGAAACAAACGAAUCACUUUUGUGUUUUGCUCUGGGCCCAUCCAACCGGCUGAACUGUUCCCUCGCCCUUUGACACGCUCGUGUUGUGGGGCUCAUCCGCUUCGGCUUGGAAGGGACCGGAGGAACCGCAGGAUGGUUCUUGUAGAAAACGUGUUGAAACAUUUGCCGCGCUGUAAAUACCGCCCCCUCCUCCGACGCCCUUAUUUGAGCCAAGGAAUCUCUCAAACCCAAUCCUGCUUCAUCAACCGAUCGGACCAAAUCAGCCUUUUUCACCAAGGGAGAAAGCCAAUUUGUUGGCAAAGUCCCUCCCGGCCCGAAGCCCUGGAGGUCAGUCUCCCAGGAUGGUCAGAAACGGCCCCGGGGGAGACCCGUCUUGUGGGGGACUGGCUUUCUCCUGGCCCCUGAUGUAGGAGGCUGGAUGGGGGCCAAGUGGGGCAAGCCACAGUGUUAUGGCUGUUCUCUGCUCCCCCAAGGGAUAGAACCGAUGUUAGAACCUGGACAGGCUGAAACGUUCCUUCUCCACAUGGGGGGGGGGACCAGGUUGCACCCUGGGAAAUGUAGUCCUCACAAGGAGCCGGCCUAUUGAGGAAAGUGGCACCCCGAGCCAUGUGAACUACAACUCCCACUCCGGACUCAACUUGUGUCUAGUUUGGAGCCCCACUGUUCUGGGGGGGGAAAUGUGAUGACAGGUUUCCCUCACACA